AUGGUCAAGGCUAAUCCUCUUCGAAUUUGCGGGUUCGACAAAAUAUUUCAAUUAGGCGAUUCGAUUUCCGAUACCGGAAAUUUGAUUCGGGAGGUGCCGAUUGGUGCCUCGACUCCCUUCGCGCGCUUACCUUACGGCCGAGACUUCUACCGGACACCCACCGGCCGUUGCUCGAAUGGCCUUCUCAUGAUUGAUUUCAUAGCACGAGCUUCCGGGCUUCCCCUUCUUCACGCCUACAAGGACCCGAACGGUGAAUUCAGCCAUGGUGUCAAUUUCGCGGUGGCGGGUUCCACUGCCUUGUCAUCCGACAAGCUGGCCGCCAUGCAUGUUUUGUCGCCGGUGACAAGGAGCUCUCUCGCCGUCCAGCUAGAUUGGUUGUCGACACAUCUGAACUCGACUUGCGGCAAUAACACAGAUUGUGUUGAGCAUGCGCUAUUCAUGGUUGGCGAAAUUGGCGGAAACGACUACAAUUAUGCGAUAUUUCAGGGGAAGUCGAUGGACGAGAUGAGGCAAAUGGUUCCUCAAGUGGUCGAUGCGAUUCUCGACGGUGUUAGGAGAACAAUUGAUCUGGGGGCAAAGAGAGUUGUUGUGCCCGGUAACUUCCCGAUCGGCUGCCUCCCGAUUUACAAGACUGCCUUCCAAACAAACAAUGCGUCGGAUUAUGACAAUAACCUUUGCCUCAAGCAACUAAACGAGUUUGCAGUGUACCACAAUCGGGAGUUGCAGAACGGGAUUAACCGGAUGAUUCAAGAAGAGAAACCGAAUGCACAAAUCGUGUACGCUGAUUAUUACAAUGCUUACGAGUUCCUCCUACAUUUCGCCAGACAUCAUGGUCUCGAUUCGGAAAGAGCGUGCUGCGGGACGGGAGGGAAGUACAAUUUCAACAUGACGAGCAUGUGUGGGGCCAACGGAGUUCCGGUUUGUAGGCAUGCGAAUUGGUUCGUGAGCUGGGACGGGAUACACUUGACACAAGAGGGUUACGGUAUAAUGUCGGGAUGGUUGGUGCGCGAGUUGCUCGUCAAGCUCAAUUGUCUUCGUAGGCACCCAUGA